CAAUGGGAUUAAAAAACAAGACAGAGAGAUAUGGGCCUCCAAAAGUUGUCCAUCAAGUCUGCGCGGCCCAUCAAUGUGAAUAUCUUCGAUUCCGUAUCUGCAUGUGCAAUCGGAACAAGCAAUGACCGCAUUCUCCAGCUCCGCAAAUCCUUACCCCAACCCUUUGCAGCGGCAUCGGCCGAUGACCCCAAAGCCGGUAUAUCGCUUCCCAGUACCCGUUUCUGCAUCCAUCCCCGAAAUAGAACCAAUUUCAACUCCUCCUGCAAAAAAUGAUGCAGCGCUGGAAGUGACACAGAGCGACCAAAGGAGACGAGCAGUAGACUGGGAAAAGGUGAAGAAGAGAGAGGCAAGAGAGAAAAAAGAGGAAGCGAACAGGAAAAUUGCAUCGAGAAAGGCGAUUUCUGUGAUUCUUCGAAGAGAUGCAACGAAAGCUAUUAUUGAGAAAAAGAGAGGUCCUACUAAUUCGAAGAAAUUGCUUCCAAGGACUGUUCUCGAAGCUCUUCACGAGAGAAUCACUGCUUUGCGCUGGGAAUCUGCUCUCAAGGUUUUUGAAUUACUACAAGAGCAGCUAUGGUACAGGCCCAAUUCUGGUAUGUAUAUCAAGCUCAUUGUCAUGCUUGGAAAGUGUAAGCAACCUGAGAGGGCUCAUGAGCUCUUUCAAGCUAUGAUUAGUGAAGGCUGUGUUGUGAACCAUGAAUCAUAUACAGCUCUAUUGUCUGCCUAUGGCAGGAGUGGUCUCUUUGAUGAAGCAUUUUCUCUACUGGAGGAAAUGAAAAACAAUCCUGAUUGCCAGCCUGAUGUUCACACUUAUUCAAUCCUCAUAAAGUCAUGCCUCCUAGUUUUUGCCUUCGACAAAGCACAGUGGCUGCUUUCUGAUAUGGAAUCUCUGGGAGUCAGACCCAACACAAUCACAUACAACACCCUCAUUGAUGCAUAUGGCAAAGCAAAAAUGUUUGCUGAGAUGGAAACAACAUUAGUGAAGAUGCUUAGUGAGAAAAAUUGUGAACCUGAUGUCUGGACCAUGAACUCUACGAUCAGAGCCUUUGGCAGCAGUGGGCAAAUUGAAAUGAUGGAAAAGUGUUACGAGAAGUUUCAGAGUGCAGGGAUUGAACCCAGUAUUCUCACUUUUAACAUUCUCCUGGAUUCCUAUGGAAAAGCAGGAGAUUAUAAGAAAAUGAGUGCAGUGAUGGAGUACAUGCAGAAAUACCAUUAUUCAUGGACAAUUGUAACCUACAAUGUGGUGAUUGAUGCAUUUGGGCGUGCCGGUGAUUUGAAACAAAUGGAGUAUUUGUUUCAUUUAAUGCAGUCAGAGAGGAUCAGACCAAGCUGUGUUACACUAUGCUCUCUUGUGAGGGCUUAUGGGGAAGCUGGGAAGCCUGGAAAAAUUGGAGGAGUCUUGCGUUUUAUGGAGAAUUCAGAUAUAACAUUAGACACUGUGUUUUUCAAUUGUUUGGCGGAUGCUUAUGGAAGAAUGGGAUGCUUUGCUGAGAUGAAAGGAGUGCUUGAACUGAUGGAGCAGAAAGGAUGUAAACCUGAUAAAAUCACUUACAGAACCAUGAUCAAAGCUUAUUCAAGCAAAGGGAUGACUAAGCAUGUGAAGGAACUCCAGGAUCUUGCAAGAUCAGUUGAAGGGCCUCAAUUUCAGAGGAAGAAGCCUGAUUUUUUAUGAUGACUUCUGCAGGCUGGGUCAGAACUCAUGAUAGCAAAAGUCGGUUCAGAGCUUGGAGCACCUCAAGGGAAGUCAAUCCACAGCAGUGGACCGGACCUGAAGAUAUCAGCCGACCUGGGCCUCCUGCGAGCUCAGAAUCUACUGUGUUGAAGCCAACUCCGUGAUGGGACCUAAGGAUGGGCAGCAGGCCCGAUCUUUUCACAGCCCUUCUUGCACGCGCACUGCAGGAAAUUAAAUGGCCGCCUGACAUGAAUAAGAGGAUGUAACGACCCGAAAAUUCGGACCGCUACCGGCGCUAGGAUCCAGGUCGACUUAAGGUUGCCGGGACCCGUAGCAAGCCUGCUAUACUUUCUGUGUACCUGUAAAAUCUCAUACAUUAUCAAACAUUUUCUGUAAAAACAUAAAACUUUUCUCUGUACCAAGACUUAACCUGUGCAUGCACUAUCUCUGUACUAUAAAACCCCUUACUAGAGCUUGCUCUAGACGGGUUCAAUUCAUACUCUGUUAAGUCUGGUUUUUUUACAUACUGAUAAAAACAUUCACAGCACAUAAAUAGAUCAUGUAUACAAAAAGGAUUUACAACA